GUGAGACGGACGGAACCCAACUACGAUCUUCCAUGCACGAACCCGAUUCCGAGUCGCGUGACUUUCGGAUUUUCAGUAUUAGGAGACUGUCGACCUUCAAAAUACCUCAAGAAUAUAGGGAAGGCAGAUGUAGAAGUGUUGCAGAGUUUGAAAAGCUGAAUAGAAUUGGCGAGGGUACAUAUGGGAUCGUAUAUCGUGCACGGGAUACCGUUUCAAAGGAAGUGGUGGCUUUGAAGAAAGUUCGCAUGGAGAAUGUCCGAGAUGGAAUUCCCAUUAGUAGUCUGAGGGAGAUUACACUUCUACUUAGCCUCAAGCACGUCAACAUUGUGCACUUACGCGAAGUAGUAGUAGGCCGUGGAUUAGAUAGUAUCUUUCUUGUGAUGGAAUACUGCGAACAAGAUAUGGCGAGCCUUUUGGACAAUAUGCCCAAUCCGUUCACAGAGUCACAAGUAAAGUGUAUAAUGUUGCAGUUGUUCAAAGGUCUUCGGUACCUCCACGAGAACUUUAUUAUUCAUCGCGAUCUUAAGGUUUCUAAUUUACUAAUGACUGAUAAGGGGCUUGUUAAAAUCGCGGACUUUGGCUUAUCUCGACCAACUCACUCGCACAACCCCAUGACACCAUGCGUUGUCACCCUCUGGUAUCGGGCUCCCGAGAUUUUGCUUGGCGACAAGAAUCAAACCAAGGCUAUCGACAUUUGGUCAGCAGGUUGCAUCAUGGGUGAAUUGUUGUUACAUAAACCAUUGCUUCCUGGAAAAGGGGAGAUGCAUCAAAUCGAACUCAUCAUAGAUUUACUGGGCACACCUAGCGAACAGAUCUGGCCGGGUAUGUCUAAGUUGCCAGCACUCGAGAAAAUAAAUCUAAAAAAACAACCGUACAACAAUCUGAGGCAUACAUUUCCAUGGCUGUCUGAUGCUGGGCUCCGUCUGCUGAACUUUCUUUUCAUGUACGAUCCUGCGAAGCGCGCUCGUGCACGUGAAUGCUGCCAAAGUUCCUACUUCCGUGAACAUCCACUACCAUGUGAGCCUGACAUGAUGCCAUCCUUUCCGCAACAUCGAUUGAAGCGGAAAAAUUCACCUGGUGAGGGCGAAAUGAAGUCGUUUUCUUCCGGUGUUCCAGAUGCGUCUGCUGGCCUAUUUGAUGCUGCAUUCGAUCGAAUCCUGAAGAAGAGACGUGCUUGAUCUUCUAUCAUAUAUGCCUGAAAAUAUACUUCUACGUUUAU